CUUGUCCGUCUUUCUCUGCUGUUAAUUUUCACUUGUGCCUGUUGUUCACUCCGCCAUUUUAUACUUCCCACUUCUUUGCGGGUACCUAAUCCGGAUACCCAAUCUCCGUGAAUCCUACCAACUACGAUUCGCGAAUUCCGAUUUGUUUUCCAUGGCGCCCCUAGGUCCUGUUACUAGUACUGUUGGAGUGAACACUGUGCUAGGACAGCCACCCAAGUGGCUGGGUGAUUCGCCUCUUGGAGCUCGACUGUUGGCGGCUCGUCUAACAUCUACAAGCUCUGCUCCCGCCGCACUCCGCCUUCCGCCGCUUCACUCCGCCACGCGCUCCCCGCGACCCCUCGCCACGUCAUGCUCCGCCGGAGGCGCCCACCACGCCACGCCAAGAGCAAGACGCGGAAACACUGCUGGGGGAAGCGCCACUGCUGGGGAAAGCGCUAGCGCCGGCACGAACGGCUCGACGGGUGGCUCGUCGUCGUCGUCGUCGUCGUCGAUCCCUUCGCCGUUCGCCUUCGUCGGGCUGGACUACUACCAGAUCCUCGCCGUGCCCGUCGGCGCGCCCCCCGCCGAAAUCCGCCGCGCGUACCGCGCGCUGCAGAAGAAAUACCACCCGGAUGUCGCGGGGGCCGAGGCGCACGAGAUGGCGCUGAAGCUCAACGAGGCGUACGACACGCUCAUGGACGACAGGCGCCGCGCCGCGUACGAGAAGGAAUGGCGCGACGCGGCCGUGGCGGGGUACGUGGGAUUCACGGGGCAGGCGCGGAGCGCGUGGGCGGCGCCUGAAGGCCAACAGCAGGCGAUCUUCGUGGACGAGGCGGCGUGCAUCGGUUGUCGCGAGUGUGUGUUUGCCGCCAGCUGCACCUUCCAUUUUGACUCCGAAGCGGCGGUGGCGCGCGUGCACACGCAGUGGGGGGAUGCACUGCCCGCCGUCCAAUCGGCGAUCGACAGCUGUCCCGUCAGCUGCAUCCACACUGUGCCACGUGUCGACCUCCCCAUCCUCGAGUUCCUCGUGCAGCCAAGGGAGAGGGAGAGCAAGGGCAUCUUUGGAGGGGGUUGGGAGCCCGGGCACCCGCUAAAUAUUUUCGUGGCUGCCCGGGAGUUCAAGCGCAAGCUGGAGAGCCAGCAGGAGGGGGCAGAGCGCCGGCGGGCAGCCACGUCAGCAGCAGAGCAGGAGACGCCAGCUCAGCGUGCAGCCCGGCAGGCAGCAGAUGCGAGGAUGAAUGGACUGGGGGGAGGCUUCUGGCAGAAAUGGGCGCAAGCAUGGGGGGCGUGGGGGGGGCCUGGAGGGGAAGCAGGUGCGGAUGGGCAAGGGGGCAGCACACAGUGGGGGCAGGCGAGUGCAGCAAGCAGUGACGCAAGCAGCAGCGGGUGUAGGAGGGAGGCAGGGAGAGGGAGGGGAGAGCGAGGCAGAAAGGAGGGAGGAGGAGGAGGGAAGGAGGGGUGGUUUCCUUGGCAGGCGAUGCUGGGCACGGCUGCUUCUUCCGAGAUACUCAGGCAGAGAGCCAAUGACGGCGACAGGGAGGAGCUCAUAGCCUUUAUCCAACAGUGGGCGACCCUCUGGUCUUUUUCCUCCGAGCUGCCCCUUCCGCUGCCCGUCCGCGUGGACAACCAAUCAAACGGCACCGAGUUAACCCUGGUGACCAUGCGAGGCGAUCUGCUCUCGUCCGUCGGAUCAUUUGUCAUCACUGUGGAGCCGUUGGAUGCUGCUGCUAGUGGUGAUGGUGGUGAUGGCGGUGAUGGCGGUGUUGAGGGUGCGGGGGAGAUGGAGUGGGUGGUGGUGGUGAGGAGGCGGGGUGCAAUUGACAACCGGUCACUACCAGGAGAGGGCACGAUAGUGAAGGCGCUGAGAGGAGCGCUGGAGAGGCAUGACAGCAUGAAGGGGUACGAGGCGUACCACCUCCCCAGGAACAGCCGGCCUGAGUAGUUGCUGUUGGGGGGAGCCUAGCCAGAGCGUGGAACUGGUUGAUAGGAACACUCUCUAAACUAGAUUGUAUACGAAGCAUUUAUGUAUUCUCGGGGUGUGCAGAAACAUGGUACCAGGUGGGAACUUGCAGAUAUCAGCAUGC